AUGCAGCAACUACUUAAAGCGCUAUCUCCAAGUGAAUCUGGGAGCGACUGGAAGCAGCAUGACGAACCUACUUGCCUCUGUGACGCAAAUCAGUCUCGGAUCGAGUCCAUCCAGCGCAACAAAUUGGUUCACACAUCGGGCAUGAAAGGACUGCCCGACCGUGACCAGUUCAUCCAACAUUAUGAGAACGAGAUGCGGUUUGACUAUUAG